GUUUAGUCCAAAUCAAUGUUGUCAGCAGGUCAAUUAUUAGAUAGGCUAGCCCAGAGACUGUGACUUGCGAGCCAAAUCCUAUGCAUGCAAUUAUUGAUUAUAGGUAACAAUUCGAUGGAAGCUGGUGAUGAAUAUGAAUUAGUAUUUUUUUUUUUAAUAGUUGGCUUUGCGUGCCUUCCAGUCUCAUUCAGCUGCUCCGUGUUUUCGGAUGUUAUUGAAGCAUUUGAUUAAAAUAGUUCUAUGUUGCGGGUCACUGCUGUUGUCACUUGGCGGCGCUUUUCUCUUGUUGCUAAACUUUUGAUUGCCCUUUUAAUAGUACUGAUUUCAAUCCUCCCCAGGCUAUCAGUAAUUGGCCCUCUUUCCUGCCUAAUUUCUUCUUUUUUUAGGUGUUGCUUGCAGGUAUGUCCAGUGUAUGCAUAUAGUCACUCUUUCAGGUGAGGAGGCACCAUGGAAAGGAACAUACAACAAAACCUUAUUCUGCUUGAAGAAUCCAAGGAUGCUGCAGAUGGUGAAUUGGAUAAAUCAAUCCUACUUUCAAUGCCCAAUUCACCAAGUCAAAAUGGCAGACCACGCAGCAUGGUUAUCAAGAAAGCGCACAGUGUAAUUCCUGCUCACUUGGUAGCUGAAGCAAUCUCAACAUUACAAGGCCUUGACUUGAGAUGGUCUGGCCCUAUAACACCCAGCGAAAUGCAAUAUGUGAAGCAGUAUGUCUUUGCAAAAUAUCCGCAAUAUUGCAGUGGGCUUGUGGAAGAUGGAGAAAAGAUUGAUCUUGAUGAUCUUUCCAUCAAUGAGGAAUCCUCUGAGAACGAGACCAUGACCGAUGAUAAGCGAAAAUCCCCAAGGACUGUUGGCAGCAGAGAGUGUUUUUCCUCUCCCUCCAGUAUAGCCACUAGCCUCUCUGAUAUUGAAAACACUCAAUUGGAGCCUUCAAGACUUCGGGAUAUCCUCACUAGGAAAACUUCCUUUCAAGGGAAUUUCAUUUCAAUACCAGAAAUUCAAGCUCAAAACAGGGCUUUGAAACAUUGCGGGCUAAGUGACGAAGAAUAUUUAGUCCUUUUCAUGCCCAACUACAAGGAUGCUAUGAUGCUGAUAGGAGAAAGCUACCCCUUCUUUAGAGGGAACUACUAUUUGACAGUCGUUACCGAAGAAUCCGACUACAUAAGGGAAUUCGCCACCCGUAGAGAAUCAAAGGUUAUUUCUGCACCAGAAACUUGGUUGGAUCUGAGGAUUAAGGGAUCUCAACUUAGCCAAAACUUCAGAAGAAAAUGUAAACACAGCCCCAAAGGCCUUUUCUCGUACCCAGCUGAUGUAAAUGGGACUAGAUUUUCCAUGCAUUGGAUCUCAGAGGCACACAGAAAUUCGUGGCACGUCCUCCUUGAUGCCACAGGUUUGGUUUUCGGUGAAGGUCAGGAGCGGCUGCCCCUAGCCCUCCACCGACCUGAUUUUGUGUUAUGUACGCUCGAUAACACGCAUGCCCAGCCAUCCAAGAUUAUCUGCCUCCUUGUGAGGAGAACAUCAUUUGAUACAUCCUCAUGCUCAGCAUAGGUUCACACUUUUCUUCAAGGCUUAUUUUAAUUCAUAUUGACGUAGUAAUGCAAAAGUAUAAUGUAUAAAAUAUAUAUUUUUUCAAUAUAUUCUUUCACCCAUAAAAUUUAUUUACGUAAUUAAGUACUACUAGGCCAAGGGAAGGGUCACAAUGUAAAUUCUUAAUUUAACUAU